AUGGGAAAGACAAAGCAAGAAUUUGAGUUUGCUCAGAAAUUUCAAGGUUAUUUUGGAUUUGAUAAUUUGGUCACAGUGGAUCCUGUGGGAAGAAGUGGUGGAUUAGCGCUUCAUUACAAUAAUGAGUAUCAGAACUUGGAAGGUUACAUCAAGAAGCUUGACGAUGCUACAAAAGACUACAGUGCCUUGAAACUAACUUCUGAGACGCGGGAAGCUGCUGAUGCUGACAUCAUAAGAAGUAAAGAGGAGGAGAUUCAGAAGAUUAAUGAAAAGAUGGAUCAUGCGGUGAAGGAUGUAAACGAGAGUAAAGACAAAGUCGCUGACCUUACUGAGAAGUACGAAGACGCAAAGAGGAUGCUGGAGAUAGAACUCGCUAGUGUACAUAACUUGAGACACGAGCUCGAAGGAACAAAGAGAACACUCCAGGCGUCGAGAGAACGCGUCUCUGACCUGGAGAAGAUGCUUGACGAGUCGAGAGCUUUGUGCUCGAAGUUUGAAUCAGAGGUUUCAAAGGUUCACGAAGAGUUUGAUAAAGCCAAGAAAAGAUAUGAAGAGAAUCUCGCUGAUGAGAGACGAAACGGUGAGGUUUUGGCUAGUGAGCUUGCAGUGGAGAAGGAUCAUGUGAAGAAAGCUAGAGACGAGAUUGAGGAACUGAGGCGUGAGGUCGAAGAAGCUUCUGCCAAGAACCAGAGCCUGCAAAAGGAGCUAGUGGAGGUUUACAAGAGAGGUGAAGCCACUAACAAGGAACUCAAAGAGGAGAAAGAGACUGUUUCUGCGUUGGAGAAAGAAGUGAAGGCAAUGGAGAAGCAGAUGUUGAUGGACAGAGAAGCCAUGAAGGCCCUUGAGACAGACCUGGAAGAAGCAGUUAAGUCUUUAGAUGAGAUGAACAAGAACACAGCGACGCUUUCGCGAGAGCUCGAGAAGGUGAACACUCAUGCCUCUAGCUUGGAAGACGAGAGAGAAGUGCUUCAAGGAUCACUAGAAGAGGCGAGGAACGCGUCAAAGGAAGCUAAGGAGAACGUGGAAGACGCGCAUAUCGUCGUGAUGAGUCUAGGAAAAGAGAGGGAAGUGCUGGAAAAGAAAGUGAAGAAGCUGGAGGAAGAAUUGGGGUCAGCAAAGGGAGAGAUAGUGCGCAUGAGAAGCCAACAACAGGAUUCUAUAAAGGCUGUGAAUAGUUCAGAUGAGCGAUGA